UAAAAUAGAUAAACAUGCACCAUCUGUAAUGGUAUUGAUAAGUAUCGAGAGAUGGCAUGCAUGUUCAGUAGCUUUGCUUUUCGCGCCUUAAUUAUGCCUAACCUGACUUAAAUAUACAAAGCUUUCCAACUAUUUUUGAGCAAAAGGCAAAACUUUCAACGAAUCUGAGAGCUGUUCGAGCUUUUCCCACAUUACUUUGCGAAUUCUUUGAAAUCACGAGUAAUGGAGGAAGUAACCAAAUGCAGAUAUAUCGAUUGUGUCGACACCCGGGAAAAGGAGCAAAUACUUCACGAACUUCCCGUUUGCGAUACCGGUCUCUGUGUGAGGUGGUUGAUCAACAGUGGUCACGUGGAUCUAAUUGGAAGUGAUCUGGAUGCUUUACGGUCUAUGAAAUUUUUUGUUUGUAAUAACCAUUUCACGGAGGAUUGCUACCUGAGUAAAGGCACUUUAAAGGAAAAUGCAGUUCCUUCUCCACAUUGGAGUACUAUAUCGAGAACAUUGAGAAAUUUGAAAACACGACGGAAAGUGCAAUUAAACGGUCAAGAAAGUUCUAUGGAGGAAGUAGCAACAGAUCAACUUAAAGAAAAAAAUGCUCCUUCUGAAUUUGAAGUGGAUCAAUGGUGUAGAACGUGUGCGAGCAAGAAACAGAACCUUGUAAGUAUGACAACCAAGGGGAAAGGCACGGAUAUGAGCCUUCUAUCAAAAUUGAAACUUUUGAUAGAAAUUGACGACGAAGAUGCUUUACCAACAAAGAUGUGUGACGAAUGUGUCGACAAGCUGGAACAGUCUUUUAAGUUUUUCCAACAGAUUUAUGUAGCCGAUAAUACACUACGUCAUGUAUUUCCAAAUACUCGAUCAAGUAAUACACCCAGGAAACCUCUUUAUUCAAUCGGUGAACACAUGAGAAACGAACAGAAGGAAAAACAGAAAGAGAAAGAAAAAGAGGAGGAACAACAACAGCAGGUUCAGGAUCGUGCGCCAAAAAUUACCCGUGGUAUUUUUAGACGUGGUCGCGGUAGACCUCGCACUAGAGGAUAUGCUGCUAGAGCAAGAGCAAGGCAAAGAUCUGCCCAAAUAGCAAUCUCAAUUUCAAAUUCCAACGUAAACGAUAAUACGACAUAUGAAACCAGAGUGAACGAAGCGACUACAUUAAAAAACGAAUCACAGAGUGUCAUAAGCAAAGACGAGGAAAGACACGGUGAUACAGUAUUUUCAUUGCUCACUGAUACAUGUCAUAGCGAUGAAGAAUUAGAUUGGUCUGAUGUAUUAAAAGUAAUGAACGAUCACAGAUAUCAAACUGUUCCCAAACAAGAAAUAGAAACGAAAUUGGAGGAAAAGACAGAAAAGAAAAUAGUGGAACAAGUAAUUGAACCGGAAAUGAUGUUACAAGCGGAGACAGUAUCAGAAACGUCGGGAAUGGAAAUGAAAACUGAAAUGGGAAGCGAAGUUAAAGUAGAAAUAGAAACGCAGUCUGAUGCAACGAAGUCGAUAGCAGAGCACGAAAUUCAACGAAUACAUUGUGAAUUUUGCAACGAAUCAUUUAAACUUAGACGUCAGUUACAAACACAUUUAUUGUCCAAUCAUUCUCAAUUAUCCGGAUAUAUGUGUAUAGAUUGUCUAACUUGUUACGAAAAUGAAUCGUUACUUUCGAAGCAUCGUAGUUUACGCCACGGAAAUCGAAUAUAUCGCUGUGAACAUUGUCACGAAGAAUUUCUCGAGAAAAGAGUACUAAGGGAACAUAUAAACAAAUGUGAAAUGCACGAUCGAACGAAUUAUUCCUGCGAUUCAUGUGGAUUGACAUUUGCUUCUAAACAAGAAUUAAUUGGGCACAUGGAAAAUCAUCCAGAAAAUUCGGUCGUAUCGUUUCACAAGGAUCAUGAAAAUUCGCAAAAAGCCGAGAACGAAUUAGUAUCAUCCUCAAAGACUACGAUAGAAUUUGAAGCAGAAUCUGAGUACUCUUCAAUUAUAUCUUCGAAUAUAGUUGGAAUUUCAGAAUCGAAUAAUUCGGAUGAGAAGACUAAAAGCGUAAUUAAUUCGAGUAAUACGUGCAAAGUUAAUGCGACUGAGGAAACAGAAGAAGGAGCAACCAUCGGUGAAGAAUCAGUACCGACUUGUCCGGAUUGUAACGAACAAAUGCAAGAUACAGUGGAACUCAGUAUUCAUCGAAUGCGUCGUCAUUCAAUGAAUAGGAAGGAUGCGACGUGUCUUCUCUGUGACAACAAGACCUUUUCUUCACUGGACGAAUACGAACAACACGUACUGGAUCAUUGCAAACGAUUAAGAAUAUCACCAUGAUAGAAUGAAUUUACUUUACUUAUUACAUAAUAAUCGUGUAACGAUAGAGGUGAUUUAUCAUUUCUAUUCAUUGGAUUUAUCGGUCAAGGAGACAUCAGGCUUCGGUGAUAUGAGGGAAAAUGAAAGGGUACGAAAAUUAAUCAGUCUAUUAAAAUAUUACGCAUUGUGCGCGUUUGUGUUAUAUCGAAUUUUCAACUCAACUUUCUAUUAUAUGAAAUAGGGAAUAUAUUUUGAUCUGACUAAUGUAACAAGACGUUUGUUAACGUUUGUUAAGAUGAUCGAGCAACUAGAUCACCUUUUUUCAUUUAUCUAUCUAUAUUGAGUAAAUAACGUAAAAAAAGUACAAAUGUCCGAGAAUAGAAAGCAUCAAUAACACAGCAUGUCAUAUAUACGAUAACGACGUGUGACUCGUAUAAAAAAGGAGCGCAUCGGUAGAAAUACAUUUGUUCGCGGGUGAGAGCGUUUGCGAUGUAUAUUACGUUCAUAACAUAAAAAUAUGUUGCUUUCAUUUAAUGCGUAGAAAGGUGUACUACGAAGGUUCGGUUUAACAUACGCGUAUAUAUG